UGCAGAGGAGAUCACAAGGACUGCUGCAGAUUUCCAGCUGUUUGGAAUGACUUGAGACUGUUGGGUUGGACACAUUGAUAGAAUUUAUUCAACUGGUGCUGAAUUCAACUAAAUCGUACAAUGUGCAUCCAGAGGAGCGCCGUGGCUGCUGUGAAUGAAGGAAGCUGCAGACUUGACUGUUUUCAGUGCACCUCAACCUCCUCAAUGGAAGUCUUGGAUGGACAGUGCUGCAAAAAUGUGGGUGUCACCCAAGCAUUUCCUUUAUUUAAGGAUAUUGUCACAUAUAAAUAAACUAUUUCAACACAAUGUUCAGUCUUCAUUUUAGUUUUUUUCUUGAGUUAAAUGUACUUUACUUUUGAUUUGCCCAAAGUAGCUGCAGUGGCAGAAUGGAAAACCACUCCAGCCAAAAUAAACACAAGUGGUCACAGAUCCUGAUGGGUUAAUCUGCAGAUUACAGCAUGUUAAUCUGGGUCAGUUAGUCCAUUACAGCCCGCCUAUCUGAAGGAGACACUCGUUGCUCAGGCGCUUGCUUCAACACCAUGCUCAAUGCCAGAAACUGUCUUUAAGCACAUUUAAAUUCAGGUCUAAAGGUGCUUUGUGUCACUCUUUUUGACAAAUAAAAAGUAUUUUAGUAUAUAAAAUUGCAUGCUUUUAUUUUGGUAUUUAUCACAAAAAUAAGCUGCAGAUAUUUGGCAACAUUUACACACUAUUGGUAAAUAAAGGGUAAAGUAUGACCUGCAGUGAAUGGUUGACAAACCAAUACAUAUUUGUUUUUACACACAUAUUUUAGUCCAUUCUGUCCCCUUUAAAAUACCGUAGGCCUACUUUAUAGAUUAUUUCUAUUAUGAUGAGGCCUUAUUUAAGAUCCCAGCCUUCACUCUAUAACGGAGUCAACUAGGUGUGCAGAGUGAGUGGAGGUUGGCUGGAUUUACUCUCCACUACACUUCCUCUUGCUAGACGCUGUGUAAUUCCAGCUAAUGCGGAUAAUGCCCAGGACACAUUGCGCAUCGCACGCGCCGCCUGCGACGCACAGCUCUCCUUGGAUUUGAUUCGGAGGGACGGAGCUCGUGUCACCCACCGACGGAGACGGCACGAGAUUAUGUGAUCAGAGUUAGUGAUUAUCUCUGGAUGUAACUUGUAGUUUGACUUUUUUUUGUUUUUAAACGUGUUUCGACGUGUCUUCUUCGUCGGAAUGGUGAUUUUCUACAGUUUCUUUAACGCCAAAUGAGACACUUGUUGGAUUAAUCAGGCGCAGAUGAUGAGCGUCACAGGUGGAUUUCAGCGGAUCCCAGUGCAGGGGGGAGUCUGAGGUCGGCGCUCCGACAUGGAUUCACACGGGUCUUCACUCAACCGCAGCCCAUCGCUGGCGAGCGGCCUGGAGAAGUCUUCACCGACGUGGAAGCCGUCCCACUCUCGCAGCAGUAGCACCUCCCGGUCCUCCUCCAGACAGGUUAUCAAAGACUGGGAAGUGAUUGACGACCUUCAGGUAGAAACCCAAGCAGGAAGUGACAGUCUUCACGACAUGACCGCCCCGGGAAUCUGUGAAGGAUAUCUCCUGAAGAGGAGGAAGUGGCCUCUGAAAGGUUGGCACAAGCGAUACUUUGUCUUGGAAGUAGGAAACUUGCGUUAUUCCAAAAAUCAACAAGAUGUCUCCAGGGGAAGAGUCCAGGGCUCUUUAGCUGUUAGCCUCGCAGUCAUGUCCAUAAACAAGAAGACAAAUCGGAUUGACUUGGACGCAGGAGACAUUCUCUAUCACAUGAAGGCAAAGAGCCACGAGCUCUUCUACAUUUGGGUAACCAAGCUACAAGCCCACCGCCUGUACAAGAAGAAUGAGGCGGCUCACGUUCACAGCGGCUUCCUCCACACUUUGUCUCACGGCGCCACGGCCGGACGAGCUCAGAGAAACGGAGACUUGAGCUCUGCAGGCAUGGCGCAUCCAGAUAGAGCAUCGGCAGGAGUGCUGCGCUCCGCUAACGCCGCUGUGAACAGCAAAGUGUCGGCCUGGCUGCAGCAGAGUCACGACCCAGACACCUGUGUUCAAGAGCUGAACCGCAGCCAUUUGGACCUUUCUGAGAUAAACUGCUUAAUCCAGAGGCUGCAGAUGUUGGAGACGGGUCAGACUUUGACGAACGGAGACCUGAAGCGCAUCAUCAGCAUACAGAAUCUCUCGCUUGAGAAGCCGAAGAGGCCGAGGUCGGGGAAGAUAUGGGGCCACUCUCGCACAUUAUCCAGAGUGGAGGCCCUGGGAAUGCCGAUACAUGGGAUUACUAAAUCGCUGUCCUCCAGUCACCUGGGCAGCUCGCCUAACCUCGGUGCAUCAGCCUCCUCCAUCCCUGACUAUGUCUCCUCCCAGCUGUCCCCUCCUACUUUCAUGUCGCCCGAGGGCAAGAAAAUCCAGCAGGACAUCUGCACCAUGUCGCUACGAGUGAUUGCUUCCCUGAAGGCAGUGCAUGAAACUCUGUCCCAGGAGAGGCAGAAGCUGCAGGAAGUCUGGGAGACCAACAACAUCCACCAGUCCAACACAUUAGCUGAGCCUGCAGCAGCGAGGCAUCCAUCCCACGGGCCUCCCUCGGUGGCAGAUUCGGCUGCGGAGUAUUUUGACGCCAGCGAUGACGUCCUUUGUGGAAGUUCUUCUGAGGUGUUCGAUGAGUCGGGACUCAGCGAUGGAAGCACCACCAACUCUGAGCCAGAGGAAGGAUAUGCAUCGGCCACCAGGAAGUACCGUGCUAGCAUUUCCAGGGCUCCAAACAGCGUUGUUCCCAAGAGCACCGGCCGGCAAACCACACUGCCUGCUCACUGUCCCGACAACAGCCACGUGGGCCUCGUGGCUAUCCUCUACAAUAACAUCGGUAAAGACUUGGCUCGAGUGUCCAUGCCAGCGCCUCUCAAUGAGCCUCUUAACUUGCUGCAGAGGCUGUGUGAAGAGCUGGAGUACAGUGAGCUGCUGGAUACCGCCAACAACACACCAGACCCCUACCAGAGGAUGAUUUACAUCGCUGCCUUUGCUAUCUCUGGUUACUCCACCGCAACGUUCAGGAACCGCUACAAGCCGUUUAACCCGGUGCUGGGCGAGACCUACGAGUGCGCCAGAGAGGACCGGGGCUUUCGUUUCAUCAGUGAGCAGGUCUGCCAUCAUCCCCCCAUCUCUGCCUGCCAUGCAGACUCGGAGAACUUCUCCUUCUGGCAAGACCAGCGAUGGAAGAAUAAAUUCUGGGGGAAGUCGUUGGAGAUUGUUCCAACAGGAAUGGUGAACGUCACUCUUCCAAGGUACGGAGAUCACUACGAGUGGAACAAAGUAGUGACCUGCAUCCACAACGUCCUCAGUCAGCAGCGCUACCUGGAGCAUUACGGAGAGGUCACCAUCCGCAACCUCAAAAGCAACGUCUGCACCUGCAAGAUCACCUUCGUCAAGUCUCGUUACUGGGGUUCAGACACGAACAAGAACGAGGUGCAGGGCAUGGUGCUGGACCAAAGUGGGAGCGUCAUUCACCGGUUCGGUGGUCUUUGGCACGAAGGCAUCUUCUGCGACACUCUGCCUACUCCGAAAUGUGUCUGGAAGCCAAAUCCCCAGCCAAAGGAUUACCUGCUGUACUACGGCUUCUCCAGCUUCGCCAUGGAGCUGAACGAGCUCACCCCCGACCUGAAGCCUCUCCUGCCUCCGACAGACAGCCGCCUGCGCCCUGACCAAAGAAUGCUGGAGGACGGAAAGGUGGAUGAAGCGGACAGAAAGAAAGAUGAUAUCGAGGAGUUUCAGAGAGAGCGGAGAAAAGAGCUCGGCAGAAGAGGAGAAGAACAUGUCCCACGUUUUUUCAGGAAAGCCAAAGAUUCCUGUGGACGGGACGUGUGGUUGACAAACGAGACGUACUGGAAGCUCAGACAGAAUCCCGGUUUUGCUAAAACUGAAAACAUAUCUGUGUGGUAACGAGACACCAAAUGACAUUUAAGAGAGAGAGAGAGAUUUAAAGAUAUCGGCAUUGGGUAUUUGGACAGCAUAUAUGAACCGCUCUGAGACACGUUCAGGGUGGAGAUAGUGCUGCUGGUCUCCUCUCGUCGUUCCUUCUGUGCACCCGUGACCGGAUCACAGGAACCCUUGGCGCCGGGUACCUCCAUCAGACCAUCAAGUCCCCCAGCGUCCAGCAGCACAGGUGAAGAACCGUGGACAGAACUUUCUCAUCAUCGUCAAUUUUCUAAUUUUCUUUUUUUUUGAAUAAUUUGAUCAGCACAUAUAUGUUUAUAUUUUUGAGAGUUUUCUGCAGAAAAGAAUGUGUGACGCACACAGAUUGCAUUUCUCUGCCAGGUUAGUAAGAGGCCUGCUGUAUUAAAAACAUUUAUUUAAAUCAUGCUGUCUUGUGAUGAGUACAGUUUGACUGUAUGAAUGUACUGAACUUAUUGUUUAUCUGUGUCGGCCCACACAUUCUUCAAUCUCUUCUCUGUCAUGGCCGUUUUUCAGCCGCAGCUGUUUUCAUCAUAAGAGCUCUUAAAACGAAUUCAACAUAAAUACGACAGUCAGUACAUACACAUAUUUAAAAGUGUUUUUAUAGUGAAAAUAGUAUCCAGCUGGUUGGAAACAUGUACAUACUGUACUUAUACAGUACAUUGAACUGUGUUUUAUUCUUCUGUGAUAUCAAUGAAUGUGUUCUGACUUCAUUUGACUGCAGAUAAAUGUAUUUAUGGACUCGUGUCUGGAAAUAAAGUUGAAUGUAUAAUUA